AUGCAAUUUCUUAUUUCUUUUUUCCGUUAUUAUCAUUUCUUUAUUUCAUUCUUUUCUUUCUUCCCUUCUUUCGGCUUUUCUUUCAUAUUUUCUUUCGUCUUUCCUUUCUUUCUUUUUUUCUUUCUUUCUUUCUUUCUUCGUUUCGUUUUUCCCUUCUUUCUUUAUUUCGUAUUUUCUUUCUUGCUUUCUGCUUUCCUUUCUUUGGUUCAUUCUUUCUUUCUCUUUUCUUUCUUCCGUUUUUUAUUUCAUUCUUUUUCUUUCUUUCCUUCUUUCGUCUUUUCUUUCAUAUUUCCUUUCUUUCUUUUUUCUUUCUUUCUUUCUUCGUUUCGUUUUACCCUUCUUUCUUUAUUUUGUAUUUCCUUUCUUUCUUUCUGCCUUCCUUUCUUUGGUUCGUGCUUUCUUUCUCUUUUCUUUCUUCCGUUUUUUUAUUUCAUUCUUUUUCUUUCUUUCUUCUUUCUUUUCUUUCAUAUUUUCUUCUUAUCUUUCUUCCUUUCUUUCGUUUUGUCUUUUUUCUGUUUCUUUAUUUCAUUCAUUUUCUUUAUUUCUUGCGUCUUUUUUCCUCCUUCCUUCCUUCCUUCCUUCCUAUUCCUUUUCCUUUUCCUUUUUUCUCUAAUUCUUCAUCACAUCCUUUUUUUCUCUUUUCUUCCUUUCCCUUCUAUUGUUUUUCUUCUCCUUUUUCUUUCUUUCUUUCUUUCUUUCUUUCUUUCUUUCUUUCUUUCUUUCUUUCUUUUCGAACGUAUUUUACUCCUUACUCUCAGUCUUACAUUUUGUCAUCUUUUUCUUUCCUGA